UCGAACCGGAAGUGUUGCUCUCAGCUCAGCAGCGGACCAUUUGUGUCGCUCGGAGUCCGAAGCUGCUGAAGCCGAAGGUAAACACACCGUCCUGAAAACUGAGAUGUCGUUUUGUAGUUUCUUCGGUGGGGAGGUCUUCAAAAACCACUUUAAACCAGGGAUUUAUGUGUGUUCCAAGUGUGACCACGAGCUGUUCUCCAGCCGGUCAAAGUAUGAGCACUCCUCUCCCUGGCCAGCCUUCACAGAGACCAUCCAUGAGGACAGCGUGUCCAAACAUAAGGAGAGAGCUGGGGCAUAUAAGGUACGAUGUGGGAAAUGUGGAAAUGGACUUGGACAUGAGUUCAUCAAUGAUGGACCCGCCAAAGGCCUGUCUCGCUUCUGAAUAUUCAGCGACUCACUGAAGUUCGUCCCUAAAGAUAAGGUUGAUGGACAGUAAAGUGAGCCAUUAGAGAGAAGUGCUGCUGGACUUUCCUCUGUGCUGCUGAAGGUGCGGACAGUAGAUGAAGAGCACUGGGAUAAAGCCUGAUCUGGGAGCACCAGGGCUCUGAUGAACGAUGGCCUCACUGUACAACAAGAACAGAGGACUGUUCUCAACACCUUUUAUUAUGCAAUCAACGUCAACAUCUGCAGGAUAGCAUCACUGAUUACACAAUCACCACCGAUUAGUUUGACGUUUAUUGAGAUUUAUUUAUAAUGUUUGAGAUUGUCUAAUGGGGAGAAUCUAAAUGGGGAGAAUCAACCUCUAUCUGCUGUUUCCUACUGAGAGACUAAAGUGUUUGUUCAUUCACCUUCACUGUUUGGCUGGUAGUUCUUUCUGCUGUCCCCAAACUGUCAAAGUAAAGAAGCAAGUGUAGCAGUCUGUUAGAAGAUUACGUUUGACACUUUGACAUUUCAUUCAUCGACUGUGGCCUUUACCUGCAGUGUUUGGUGUGCUAGAUACAGGAAACGUGUAACAAUGCAUUAUAUUUUCACACUUUUGACAGGCUUUCUGUGAGUGGAACAUACUAACUGAUAUGAAAUAAAUAUAUUUUAAAUGAAAGUGAC